GCGGGGCCGCGGGCGGCACGGGGACCCGACUCGGUACCACCCGGGACCUCGUCACCAACCGGUAUCCAGAGACCCACUCACCGGGUACCAGGAACUCACUCACCGGGUACCAGGAACUCACUCACCGGGUACCAGGAACUCACUCACCAGGGACCAGGGACCCACUCACCCGGGCACCAGGGACCCACUCACCCGGGACCAGGGACGCAUCGGGUACCAGGGACCCACUGAACCUGAAGACGCGUGGACCCACUCAUCAGGGCCAAGAGAUUAACUCACCCGGGACCAGGGACCCACUCACCGGGUACCAGAGAUUAACUCACCCGGGACUAGGGACCCACUCACCCUCAAGAAGCGGGGACCCACUCACCAGGGACCCACACGCAGCCUCUGGGUUACAGAGACCCCGACAGCGGGACCCAAUCAGCCACCACCACCACCACCUGGAGUCGAUGGCUCACAGAGCGGGGACCCCCACGCGCGUGUCGGGGACUUGCCCAGCGGAGUGCGGCGGCGUCAGCGUGCGAGCCAUGGGCAGGCGCGAACCGUCGGUGAGAGGUCCACUGGCCCACCUCGCCCACGUCGUCCACCUCUUCAUCAUCAUCAUCCUCCUCCUCGUCCUCCCCCUGGUCCCGACCUGCUCGGCACAGGGCGCCUCCUCCACCAGAACGGUCUCCGUGGAAGCUGCACUGAACGUGUCGCUGCUCAACUGCGGCCCCUCCGAUGCCCUCCGCCUCGGCCACAAAUCCUGCCUCGUGUGCGAGGACUCCGAUGGGCCCAUCAACUCCACGGUCACGUGGACGAGGAACAAUCAAGUCGUGGCGACGACCGACGCCGUGGUCUGUCUCGUGGUGACCCAGGCGGACGAGGGAGUCGUCUUCAAAUGCUCCACGGGGACUCGGACGGGGCAGCGGCGUCUCGCGAUCACCGUUGACCCGUGCGAGAUCCCCCUGCCGUCGGAGCAGACGGUUCAGUCAACGCUGCGCACAGACGUGACCCUCACCUGCAACAUCUACAGCCGCCCUCAACUGUCUCCAGGAGAGGUGCAGUGGUGGGUCGGGGACGGCUGCAGCGAGGCGCUGUCCACCAGCGAGGGUCGCUACUCGGUGUCGUGGAGACCCGACUCCUACUCGCUCUCCAUCACGCGCGCCACGGACACGGACUCGGGGCUCUACUGCUGCGUGAUCAACGCCACCUCCGGCACGCCCUGCCAGCAGACAUUCGUCCUCGUCGUGAAGGGUGAACCUCUGCCCAUUGGCGCCAUCGUGGCCGCCUUCGUGGUGCUGGGGGUGACGCUGCUGCUGAUUGCGUACGCACACCGAGACCGCGUCUUCACGCCUCUGCUGCAGCUCAGCUGCUGUCUCAGCUGCGCGGCACCCACGGAAGACGAGGCCACGCGGGAGUCGUGACGGCAUCACGGGGAUGCGCUGAAGCGACAAGCCGCGUUGAUGUUGUCGGUCGCGUCGCGUCCGGGACUUCGCUCGGGAAUUCUCGGCGAUAUGAACCGUGACGGGUCUCUGCACACAGGCACUUUGUAAUCAUUAUCAUCAUCAUUAUAAUAAUAAUUAUCGCAGUUGGGAACGCGUCACCGUGUGCCAUCCGUGACUGAGUUGACGCGAACCGGAGGAGCGGCUUGCGAGUUACCGGGGCAAUCUGUGAAAUUCUGCGUGGGCGCUUGCAGUCUAGGGCAAUCAUCAGGCGCGUGCGGUGUGUAUCGAGUUCGUGUCUGAACGCAGUCGCCCGGCGCUCGUGGAAAGGGGCGCGCGCCGCGUGCCGCUGUGGGAACUCGAGUUUGGGAACUCCCGUGCCCCACGUGGUUCCAGGUGGAGCCACGUGGUCUACGUGGAACCACGUGGUUCCAGGUGGAGCCACGUGGUCUACGUGAAACCACGUGGUUCCAGGUGGAGCCACGUGGUCUACGUGAAACCACGUGAUUCCAAGUGGAGUCAGGUGGCACCACGUGGAUCUAGUUAGAGACAAGCGAGGUGCUGGCUUCUAUCGCGCCUUGUUCCCGUGCUGCUGUCGAGACCGCGUCGGUAAUAAAGCAACGUGCGAGUGAAGUGCCUCUCCGCCUCCCUACUCGUGCGAUGCCCAUGCUGGUGCCAGGUGGGAUGGGGUAGUGACGAUGAUUGUGCCCGUAGCCACACUGCCGGUGGGGGUGGUGAUCGAUGAUGAUGAUGGCGGUGGGAGUGAUUGUGAGGGUGGUGCUCUUGCCGACAGCGAU